AUGAUCCCUGUGGGACCCCAGUGGCUCCUCACACCUCAGUUUGAGCCCCCUGAAACCACAGAUGGUCAGAUGCUGACAGAGGCAGAAACUGCUGGUUUGUGGGUGAAGAUCGAGUUUCGUGAGCAGAAAGUGGAGUUGAGGGGAGGCGUGGAGGCUGCAGCCGAGGGGAGCUUUGAUUUCUGGGAGCAGCGGCGUAAACGGCGUGUGGUGGAGGGUCGACCCCAAGCUAAGCCAAAAAUGUUCUGCGAGAAACUACCUGCCUGGAGUCCCAGCUCUUUCAGUCCCCGGAUGAUGCUAAAACCACCAUCAGAGAUUAUCACGGGAAGACGGCGGUUCACUACUGGAGCGGCUGCACCGACGUCUUCGCCAGAGCAGACUCGCAGUCCAGCGGGAGGUUACUUCCUGGGAGACGGACGCAGCGUUACGCUCUGCCGUCCCUCCUGCUGUCUCGCUCUCGCAGUCAGGGACAGCUCAGCCUGGAGUUUGGGACGCUGCCUCAGUCGGCCUCUCAUGAUGUGCUGGACCUCCGAGUUUGACUCUUUCACUCCACACAUUUCUGUCCCCCGCACUUCCUGUCCCGCCCCUGCAGGACAGCCCCGCCCACAGCUCGCUGUGUCGUCACAAACAGCUGCAGGCUCGCCCAAAC